AGUGGGACGUUGACCGCGGUUACGAACGAUGACUUCACGUGCGUGCAUCACGUAACAGCCUGAGCCCGCGCAGACGCGUGGCUGGGCACGAUGCUUCAGUUAGUUACCAUGGCAACGGCUCAGUCUCUGUAAUGGCCACUCGGUCGCCGGUCUCACGGUUCUUCGCCUCCGUACAGCCGACGGACAUCGCUAACAUGGCUGUAGAGGAAGAGGAAAACACACCGGGCUUGGUGGUUGGGCGGAGAGGAGGACGAGAGGUUCAAAUGACCGGGACAGCAGAGCUAAGCGCUGCACCAGACACAGCCCGUGUGUGUUUUCGGGUUACAAGUAGCAAAGGGGCAGCGGCGGAGGCGAGAGGUAGCGUCCAAAGGAGGCUGGAGUACAUUGCGCAGAGCCUGCGCCAGAGAGGCGUCACGGAUGAAAAUAUGACCAUUUCCAAGGAAAUGAAAAGAACAGCUAACACCUAUCAAAUGGAAGCUGAGGUUAAUGUUAUUUUCAAGGAUUUUGAAAAGCUGCAGGACAUUUGCAACAUGCUUGUUGAAAAAUUGGACCAUUCUGUAUGCAUUUCUUCACCCCAGUUCUAUCACUCUCCAGAGAACAUCGAAAAAUUGAGACGUGAAGUAUGUCUUCAUGCAGUAAGUAACGCACGCCGGAAAGCCCAGGAAGUCUGCUGUAUAGUUAGGCAAUCACUUGGCAAGGCGCUAGUUAUUAGAGAAGAGGAAAUUAAGGAACUGGAGGAUCAAACUGAGAGCAAUUGUGCACCUUGCUCUAUUCAACAAAAAAUUAAAAGUGGUACAAUUCAUGCAGCAUCAAAAGUAUAUGCAACUUUUGAAAUAAAAGGAAAAGAGCGAAAUAAAAAAAAUUACUGAGACUUGUGAAAUCUGUAUAAAAUGUUUUUUUUAUGGCAA